UGUGACACACUCCCCUCGCCUUCCUCUCACACACCAACUUUGAGCUCUAAAAUCACUAGAUGCGUUCUUGGUCAACCUGAGAACAUGCAGUAAGAUAGGCAGCAGAAUCAUAUUUCAAACAAGGAUUUUUUUUAACUCAGAUAUAAAAAGGUGGACUUCUGGAUUACAGACAUGAAACUAAACUUUAUUUUGUAUUUGCAUGGCUAAUUUCAGGACUAAAAUGUAACUAAGAUUUUCAUUGAAGACAACUUGUUUUGAUACUCUUGGAGUGACAAAUAGUAACUGUCACUCUAAUUUGGUACACUUAGAUUUCUCUGUUGAGGUGUAAGUGCACUUUUUCCCCCUGGAUUACUUGUGGAGAUUAGUGAUGGGGAAUGCGGCGGCGGGCAGCGUGGAGCAGGACCCAUCAGAGAGGCGAGAGGCCAGGAGCUCUGUGGGGGCGUCCAGCACUGGGAUGGGAGACUCCACAGUGUCCCUGCAGAAGAAGCAGCCCCCACCUCCCAUGCCCCCCGAAGAGGAGUUGCAAGAGAGGUUCAAUAUGGUGCUGAGCUACAUGAACCUGCCUCCAGAUAAACUGCAGCUCCUCAGUGAAUACGACAAUGACAAGAAGUGGGAGCUCGUCUGUGACCAGGAACGUUUCCAGGUCAAAAGUCCACCUUCCACUUACCUAAUAAAAAUAAAGAGCUUAUACCAGGACCAAGGAGGAGUGCCACGCAGGGUAAAGAAAAGGAUCCAAGAAGCCACACAAGUCCUUAAAAACCUAGAGAUUUCUCUGCGGACGAACCAUAUCGGUUGGGCUCAAGAGUUUCUGAAUGAACAGAACAAAGGUUUGGAUGUUUUGGUCGAGUAUCUGUCCCACGCUCAAAGUGAUGCUCCAUUUGAUGUGGACACAGUUGAAAAUGGCGGCUCCAUAUCAGAAAGGAGUAGACCAGCUGAGCGCUCAGUGGAGGACCUGACCAAGAACUCCAACAGCUCUCCUUCCCAUGGGGUCACCAAGGCUGCACGAGCUCUGACUGUCAGAAUAACACACACAUUGGGAAAUAAGAUUUACAAAAAGUCGCACACAUCGAGCCAGAGAGACGACAUCCAUGUUUGUAUCAUGUGUUUGCGAGCCAUCAUGAAUUAUCAGUCUGGUUUUAACCUGGUCAUGACUCAUCCAUCCUGUGUAAAUGAGAUCACUCUUGGUCUGAAUAGCAGAAAUCCCAGAACCAGGGCUCUAGUGUUGGAGCUGUUAGCUGCAGUGUGCCUCGUCAGAGGAGGACAUGACAUCAUCCUCUUGGCUUUUGACAACCUAAGAGAGGUGAGCAAAGAAAAGACACGUUUUGAGAAGCUUAUGGAGUACUUUAUGAAUGAUGACAGCAACAUCGACUUUAUGGUGGCCUGUAUGCAGUUCAUAAACAUUGUGGUUCAUUCGGUGGAAAACAUGAACUUCCGGGUCCAUCUGCAGUAUGAGUUUACACAUCUGGGACUGGACAAGUAUCUGGAGAGCCUGAAGUUGACGGAGAGUGAGAAGUUGAAGGUGCAGAUUCAAGCGUACCUGGACAAUGUGCUGGACGUGGGGGCUCUGCUGGAGGAUGCAGAGAGCAGAGGGGGGGUCCUGGAGCAGGUGGAUGAGCUGCAUGAACACAACCUACAGUUGAACGCUCGGCUUCAGGAGGUGGAGGAGCAGGCGACUGAAAAGAUUUCUGAACUGGAGACAAAACUCCUGCAGGCCACGAAAGAGACGGAGCUGCUCAAAGAGAGCCUGCGUGAGUCAUGUACACAGGUCAGUACUCUUCAGCAGAGGGAGAGAGAGCGGGAGUUAGACCUGGAGAGAGAGAAGGAUCGAGAACGUCGUGGCUCCACUGCCCCACAAUCCAACCCUCAGUUGGAGCAGAAGAUCCAGGAACUGCAGGAUAAGGGUCUCAUCACAGUGACCAGGGGGGCAUCGGGGGAGGUGGACAUCCAGGUGGUGCCCGUCACAAAGAUCGAAUACGUCCAGGUGCCUACUCCAGCCUUGCCAAGUCAAAAUGAGACUGCACCUCCACCUCCACCCGCUCCUGGAGGUCCUGAGGGUAUGCCAGGACCACCUCCUCCUCCACCCCCACCACCUCCAUUCGGGGGAGACUCUGUUCCUGCUCCUGCCAGUGUUGCACCUCCACCCCCUCCUCCUCCUCCCCCGCCUGGUGCUGGAGCCCCUCCUCCUCCUCCCCCGCCUGGUGCUGGAGCCCCUCCUCCUCCUCCUCCUCCUCCACCCCCAGGAGCAGGACCCCCACCCCCUCCUCCUCUUCCUGGAAUGGGUCCACCUGCGCCACCUCCUCCGCCUGGGGCAGGACCACCACCUCCUCCACCCGGAAUGGGACCACCUCCGCCACCGGGAGCGCCACAGGUUGAGUCUGUUAAAUCCAAGAAAACUAUUCAGACCAAGUUUAGGAUGCCCCUGUUGAACUGGCAGGCCCUCAAACCCAACCAGGUGACCGGCACAGUGUUCAACGAACUGGACGAUGAACAAAUCCUUGGGGAGUUGAACAUGGAUAUGUUUGAAGAGCAGUUUAAAACCAAGGCACAGGGGACCGCUAAAGAUAUGGGCAGUAAGCCGAUAAAGGCAGCCAAGAAAGUACCAGCCAAAACUUCACUGAUCGAUGCAAAUAAGUCCAAGAAUCUGGCCAUCACACUGCGCAAAGGAGGAAUGACCCCAGACAAGAUAUGCACAGCCAUUGAGACAUAUGAUCAGAGUUCUUUGUCUAUUGACCUCUUGGAGCUACUGGAGCCCUUCAUACCAUCAGACUUUGAGAUGAAGCUGUUGAAGAAUUAUGAGAAAGACGGCCGACCUAUGGAGGAGUUAGCAGACGAGGACCGCUUUGUUUUGCGUUUUGGAAAGAUUCCUCGUCUGAAUCAACGCAUCAACACUCUCACUUUUAUGGGAAACUUUCCAGACUCGGUCAAACGCCUCCAGCCGCAACUAGACUCGCUCAUUUCUGCGUCCAUGUCAAUCAAAUCCUCUGAGAAGCUGAAAAAAAUCCUCGAAAUCGUUUUGGCUUUUGGUAACUACAUGAACAGCAGUAAAAGAGGUUCUGCGUACGGCUUUAGGCUCCAGAGCUUGGACCUUCUAUUGGAAACCAAGUCCACUGACCGCUCACAGACACUGCUACACUUCAUCGCCAAAGUCAUCCAGGAAAAAUACCCAGACUUGGUGAACUUCCACUCUGACUUGCAUUUUGUGGACAAGGCAGCACUGGUGUCCUUGGAUGGCAUACUUUCUGAUAUCCGCGCUCUGGAGAGGGGGAUGGAGAUGACCAAGAAGGAGUUUCUGGUGCAGGAUGACAGCCUGGUUUUGAAGGAGUUUAUCAAAACCAACUGCACAAUACUGGAGUCAUUGAUUAAAGACAGUAAAACAGCACAGGAAUCCUACAGCUUAGCAGUGGAGUAUUUUGGAGAAAACCCCAAAACUACACAGCCUUCCAUGUUCUUCCCCAUUUUUGGACGCUUCAUAAAAGCCUACAAAGCGGUGCAGAAAGACAUUGAACAGAAAAAGAAAAUGGAGGAGAUGAAUGAAGCAAAGGAAUCAUCUCCGUCUCCAGCAAAAUCUCCAGGACAAAAGCCCCAAGGUCCUAUGAUGCCAAAGAUGCCUCAGAUGGAUUUGAUCGCUGAACUGAAGAAGAGACAGAAGCCCCCGGUCAGAGAGGGGAAGGACGGAGCGCUGGAAGACAUCAUCACAGAUUUGAGAAACUCUCCGUUCAGACGAGGAGAUGGACGGCGGCCAGCACAGCGCCAGGAUAAUUAAGCCUCUGCUGUUGUGACAAAUGUAACUGUAAUCACAGAUAUAUAGAAAACACACAGUUUUAUCUAUGUACAAUAUGACUAUUUACUAUAUAACCCAAAUGCCAGCAUGUAUUAACAUUAAGUGUGAAUUUGUCUUGUAAAUAGUUUUUAAUUGGAAUUAUUUGAUAUUUGUAAUACCACUUGAUAUCACUGCCUAAACUGUUACAGUAUAUCUUUGCUAUGAAUGUAAAACACAUAAAGUUUUCAUUAUAUAAUAAAACAUGUUUUGUAUGGCA